AUGAACUGUAAAAAGCGGCUUACCAUUCUCGUGACGACGGUUGAUGUGGUGGGGCGAAUCAACGCCUGCACCGGCGUGACCGGUGGUCUGCUGAAGCGUGGCCAUCGGGUGGUCUUCCUCACGGAGGAAAGUUUUCAAGGGCGUCUUAGUGCGCUUGGCUUUGAGGAGUACGUCUACCGCAUGGAGAUGGACGGCGGCACUGCGCCAGCAGCAACAACAACAAACAAAACAUUACAGUCACAGUCAGAGUCAAAACAGCAGCAAAAAGACUGCAGCAAGAAUGCAGUUGCCAAACCGGGCGAAAAGGUGGCCAGUGGAAUGUUCAUCAACCGAAUCAUUGGGCCCUACCAUCCAAAGGAAAAGUUUCAAAAUCUACUUAAUCUGUUUGUGCUGUCUGCCAGUGCCGGCCGGCGGAUAGUGAAGAGCAACCAUUACAUCAAGGAGGCGAUUGAAGCGGUGAAACCGGACCUGAUCUGGGUGGACAACACCUACCUGGCACCGGCCAUCUUCUACUCGGGCAUUCCCUACCUCAACAACAUCUCCACGACGCCUCUGUACUGCGUUUUCGAUGAGACGCUCACCGUUCCACCGGGAGGCUCUGGCUACCCGGCUAAUGGCGACAAAUCAGAUUGGGCCAGUUUUAAUGAAGUUCGUCGAGAGUUCUUCUACUCUAGCACCUUUAACAACUACUUGGAGGAGAUGGGCUAUCAGCGCUACCCGGCUGACAUUCGCACGCCGGAAACGAACUGUCUGCUGACGGUGUACGGCUGGCCAAAAGAGCUCAGCUUUCCGCUGAUUGAACAGAAGGACAAGUGGUUCAACUUGGAGUCCUUCAACAAGAACGAAUCUCAAGAGGUGGUCAACCUGAGUGACAUCGCCGGAGAGCAGUUUGCCAGAGAGGAGACACUUGACGGAACGUGGAGUGGCCGACUGAUCUUCCUCUCAAUGGGCACCAUGGCCUCCACUGACCUCACUCUAAUGAAACGGCUGAUUGAGGUGUUCUCGCGGACGCCGCACAAGUACAUCGUUUCAAAAGGGCCACGUCACGAGGAGAUUACCUUGCCGAGAAACAUGUGGGGUCAGCGAUACGUACCGCAAACGCGCAUCCUUCCUCUGGUGCAUCUGGUGAUCUGCCACGGCGGCAAUAACACCGUCUGUGAGGCCUUUGCACAGGGAAAGCCAAUGAUUGUGGGACCAAUUUUCGCUGAUCAGUACGACAAUGCUCAGCGCAUCGAGGAGACCGGUUUUGGCCGUCGCUUUGAUCCGUACUCCUUUGAGGACAGUCAACUGACCGAGGCAGUGGAGGAGCUGUUGGCUGAUGGCGAGUUGCAGCAGAGACUGGCAGUCGCAUCACAGCGAAUUCGCUCGACUAAGAAGCACGAAGAGCUGUAUGAGCUAAUUGAGAACUUGAUGCUCAAAGCUGAAGGAGAGAAGGAGAAAUAA